AUGACUUGGGUUUUCUUACGCGAAAGCAGCCGUGCCUGUUUUGUGUUUUCUCCAAUCAAGUUUCCUGGGCGUUACGUUUCGUGCGCGUCUGGGCCUUUACAUAAGCAACCCCGAUGCCCCGACUCCUUCCCCUACCCCUUUCUUUACCCACCACUCCGUCUCUCCGCCGCUUGCUUGGAAGACGAAGAAACCCUCCCCCACCAACCCAAUCCAGCCAAAUCCGGUCCCGGAGCAGUUCGCCUCCUUCGUUCGAUUCGUUCGCAUCCCCCAACGCGGUUCGAUCCAACCGAGAAGAGGCAGUCUGAGGCUAACCGGAUCAGAGAGAAGUACCCUGACAGAAUUCCAGUGAUUGUUGAGAAGGCUGAGAGGAGUGAUAUUCCUGACAUCGACAAGAAAAAGUACCUCGUCCCUGCUGAUCUUACAGUUGGACAAUUCGUGUAUGUUGUUAGGAAGAGAAUCAAGCUCAGUGCUGAGAAGGCUAUCUUCAUCUUUGUGAAGAAUACCCUUCCACCAACAGCUGCUCUGAUGUCAUCAAUCUAUGAAGAGAACAAGGACGAGGAUGGGUUCCUCUACAUGACUUACAGUGGUGAGAACACCUUCGGUCUGCUCUAG